ACCUGAGGAUAGUGUAAUUUUUGUCCUUUAUCCGGGGCACUUGACGAACGAGGUGACAUUGUCUAAAUCGACCUCGUUUGAUUACGUAUCUGGAUGUUUACUUUGUGAAUCAUAUAAGUUUUAAUUUAAAAAGUUUUUCAAGUACUAAUAUGUGAAAAUAUAAGUUAUGUUGAAAUUGUCAUCGGAAGGAAUCAUAUAAAAGUUCAGUUCCACUAAAAGCUUUACAAUGGAGUGACCUCUGCGUACCUGGUUUAAUAUCACCAGGUUUGACUGCUGGAAUAAUGUUCAAGACAGUUAUUUUGAUAUCCAUCGCUAUAAAUCACAUUGAGAUUAUAAAUGGGUUUUCUCCAGAUAUUGCAUGUGGUGUAUCCAAAGGCUGUUUCAAGUCGUAUGAGUGUUCAUCCGGGGAUUGCACCUACCUGGUCACAUGGUACAAGAACGGGGAUCAGAUUACAUUUGAAUACACCUCUACCAUCACAGGAUCUAGUAAAUACCUGUGUUUAGGAUUCUCUGAUGAUGACGACAUGGGUGACGACAGCACAAUAGCCUGUAAAUACGUCUCCGGUAGAGUAUCAGUAGAGGGAGGAUACAAUGUGGAAGAAACGUACACUAGAUUGUCUAAUCCGCUGGAGAAAAUUUCUAAUGUUGUAACUUCUGCUACAGGAUCCAUAUUUGAGUGUACAUUUGACAGGCAAAUCAAUUCAACAAAUCCAAAAAUCUUCGAUCUUAAUACAAAAUGGUACCUUCUUAUUGCAGAAGGAUUCAUAACAGAUGGAGUUCUUCAGGAACAUUAUGCUCACAAACCUCCCAGAACAAAGCAUGCUGUCGAUUUAUUUGGAUUUGAAGUCAUCACUGGGAAGAAACUGAAAGAGACAACAGCAAAAUUACAUGGUCUUGUAAUGGUUUUAGCUUGGAUGAUCUUCUCGAGUGUAGGCUUGGUUAUUGCCAGAUACUUUAAAUCAGAAUGGAGCGAAAGAGUAAUUCUGGGGCAAAAAAUCUGGUUUCAGGUUCAUCGUGCCUGUAUGGUGCUCGUCUUGGUUCUAACAGUGACGUCUUUUAUGAUUAUUAUACUGGAUGCAGAGAAAUAUAGAGAUAAUUUAGAAGCAUCGGAUAAAAAUUAUUUGAAUUCCCAUCCUAUUCUAGGAAUCGUAGUUUUGAUUUUGACUUGUAUUAACCCAAUCAUGUCGUUCUUUCGGUGUUCUCCGGACGAUGACAGGCGAAAAUACUUCAACUGGGCUCAUUUUAUUGUAGGUGUUUCUGCCCAAAUUUUAGCAGUGAUUAACAUAAUUUUUGGUCUGCAAUUGACAAAAGCUGGAGUAAAAAUCGGAGCAACGUACGUAAUGUACGUAUAUAUUGCAGUAUUUGUUCUGUUCGAAGUUAUGUUUGAAAUUCUGAAGAUGAGUGAACGCACUCAAACUACAGGUUCAAAAAAUACAAUAAGCAUGACAAAUAUAGAUGACAAUAAGAAGUCUGAGAAGCAGAGUGGGAAUAGCAAGUUUUCUAGGAUCAGGAUUUUCCUUCUAAUCGCUCACUUGGUUUCCAUUGGCGUGUUGUCAUUGACUGUCAUAGUGUAUAUAUUACUGGACAUAUGAAGGAGAUUUAUUGAUAUUUCAAAAGAUGCUUAGGAAGAAAGAUUAAGGAUUGAAAAUUGGGGAACAGAUUAUAGGAGUAUUAACAGUUUUCCAAGGGUACAAAUUUUUAAUUAUAAGGUAGACGCUUCAGUUUCAAAACUACAACUAUAUAUUUAUGAAAAUUUCAUUUAGUAUAUUAUACUCGGAAAGUAGUAAUCAUCUAAUCUAGUACAAUAUACAUUGAUCAAUUUAAGUUAAUCAUUUACUACUCAAGUGAGAGUUAUAAUAAGUUUUGGAUAAAUUCAGGUACAUUUGUAUGU